AUGGCAUCGACAAAGAAGAUCACGCUGAAGAGUUCUGAUGGCGAGGCUUUCGAAGUGGAUGAGAUUGUCGCCUUGGAGUCUCAGACGAUAAAGCACAUGAUUGAGGACGAUUGCGCCGACAGUGGAAUCCCUCUUCCCAAUGUCACAAGCAAGAUUCUCGCGAAGGUCAUUGAGUACUGUAAGAAGCACGUUGAGGCUAAUAACGCCGAUGAAAAGCCCACUGAGGAUGAACUCAAGGCCUGGGACGCUGAUUUUGUCAAGGUUGAUCAGGCCACACUCUUCGAUCUCAUUCUGGCUGCAAACUACCUGAACAUCAAGAACCUCUUGGACCUUACUUGCCAGACUGUAGCAGACAUGAUAAAGGGGAAGACUCCUGAGGAAAUUCGCAAGACAUUUAACAUUAAGAAUGACUUUACCCCUGAAGAGGAGGAGGAAGUUCGUCGGGAAAACCAAUGGGCAUUUGAGUGA